UUUUUUGUCAGUGGGGGGCGGAAGAAGUCAGCAGCUAGAUAAGUUAGAAAUAGUUUUUACAGCGUCGUUUUUAUGUUGACAUUUCAGUCCAAGUGUUACUCUAAAAAGUGCUGUGCUUAUUUCAAACACUCAACGUGUGCAUUGUCUAUCAGCUUCCUCUGUAAUGAUUCAUGUAGCUUUGUUGACAAGACGAGAAGGACCGCUAACUUAAGCACAGAAGAGUCGACGGAAUAACGGACUAGCCAGGAAGCUAACGCCUGUGGUCCCGACAACUAGUCUAGCUAAGAGCCAUUAAGUAAUGAAGACAGUACAGCUAUUGUUUGUCGAAUAUCCUUGAGUGUAUCUGCUUGACUUUUUUUAAAAAAAAUUUGCUCUCUCAAUGUUUUAAUACACCUUUUAAUCGUAAGCGUCAUUUAGUGUGGCUAGCUGAGCUAAGUUAUCGUCCAGCGGAGAAACUGGUUCCUCUUUAAAGAUGAUAUUUGCAUUAACAAUGAAGUAGCUGUGGAGUGAGAGCGCUGCUAUGGUAUCUGCAGGACGUGUGCCGCUUUCGAGUUGAAACGACCAAACUGGAGACAGCUGGUCCAGCAUGAAGGCCCUCUUAUUCCGAUUCUCCUUCUACGCUGGUUUCGUGGUGGGAACCAUCACGCUGUACGUUUUCCUGAGGCAGGUGUGGUUUGAGGGGACUUUAUCACGUCAGGGAACAAACCUGAACAAAGUCAGCGAUGACCAGGAACAGCUCGAGGAAGAAAUGAAGAUAUGGAAAAAGGAAAGGUCUGCCCUUUUCAAUCUGGAGCAUCCUCAUCAUACAGGAGAGGACGGCCGCAUGGCUGAUGAGCUGUACAAAAAGGUCCGUAUUCUUUGCUGGGUGAUGACUGGACCAAGCAACCUGGAGAAGAAGACUCGCCAUGUGAAGUCUACUUGGAGUCGCCACUGUAAUAUUGUGAUUUUCAUGAGCUCUGUGGACGACCCCGAUUUUCCCACGGUGGGCUUAGGCACGAAGGAGGGUCGGGAUCAGUUGUACUGGAAAACAAUCAAGGCAUUCCAUUAUGUCUACGAGCAUCACAUCAACGAGGCGGAUUGGUUCCUCAAGGCAGAUGACGACACCUAUGUUAUUGUAGAUAACCUGCGUUUAGUUCUCGCCAACCACACACCCGAGGAACCAGUUUACUUUGGCCGAAGAUUUAAGCCCUAUGUAAAGCAGGGCUACAUGAGUGGCGGGGCAGGCUAUGUGUUGAGCAAAGAAGCUCUGCGAAGAUUUGUAGGAGGAUUUAAAACCAAUGUGUGCACUCACACUUCCUCUACAGAGGAUCUUGAGAUGGGACGGUGCAUGGAGAAAGUUGGGGUGUUGGCUGGGGACUCCAGAGACAGUAUGCAAAGGGAGACAUUUCAUCCAUUUGUCCCUGAGCAGCACCUAACACAUAAGUUCCCAAAGAGCUUCUGGUAUUGGCGCUACUGCUACCACCCCAUCUCAGAGGGUCCAAACUGCUGCUCGGACCUUUCAGUGUCAUUCCACUAUGUUGGUGCUUCACAAAUGUAUUUAAUGGAGUACUACACCUAUCACCUGCGUGCCUUUGGAUACAGUUACCGUUACCAGCCGCCUGCUCCACUUGGCUAUGGUAUUGAGAAAUCUGUGGAAGGGAAAAACAGGCCAGCUCCUCAGGAAAACAGGCGAGGAGACGGGGAGGAUCAAUCCAGGACUGACAAAAGACAGAAUGUAGAUCCCCCUCAAGCAGCUGGUAAAGACCCUCCUGCUGCUCCAUCAGGGUAAAUCAGAAGGAUGUUUGGGUGUGUGAAGGAAACUUAUCAUUAGGUAGAGUGUUUAAAUGUUUGUUAAUUCAUUUUGUUGUUCUUGGCUCAUUGAGGGAAUCAUUUCACUCAUAUUUCUCAGCUGAGGCACUCCUACUUCACAGUUACUGAAGAAUUCCUUCAGGACUUUAAUUGUUGAUUAUCAGGUUUGUUUGGUUGAGCUAUAAGACAGUGUCUUCUUUAAAAAGGUGGGAACUGCUUUCUGUUAGCUUCAGUCAUUUGAAAAUAAGUGAAGCACUUUUUUUUUUAAGUAUCAACUUUCUAUAAGAACCAAGUUUUCUACAAAUCCGACAAAAUUGAUUUAACACGUUUUUUCAAAAGUAUUUUUAAACUAUGACAAACCCACCAAACUUGACGGACCACUCUGUAAAGCGAGUUCUUUUGUUUCCCGUUUCACUCAUGAACUCUUGAUGUUUUCUAUAUUAUUUCAGGACUUUCAGGCCCUUAUUGAACUUUCUUUUCACUGAUGAACCUUACAACAGGUGAUUAUGUUUGUCAGCCUCGCUCACUGAACUCAAAAGACUCGGUUUGGUUUAGAUAAGGGGGCGUCGUAGAGUAUCACAUGCAGGAGGAAGAGGAGUGUUUCAUAAUGGUGACCCUUUCCAUGGUAAUAUAACUACAACAUGUAUAAGUAAUUUCAGCAAGCAAAUACAACAGUGGGGAAAAAAAAUACAGACAACUGAGGGGAGUAGCAUAGAGAAUAAAGCCGUGAAACUCUGCUCAAUGUUAAUAAUGUUUUUGUGAAAGUACAAAAAAAGCAUUCGGAUCUGUCGAUUGUUCUGACUCAUCACUCCCUGCCCACUCCGUUUCACUAAAUGUUCCAGACAAUCAUCAAACCUGCUCACACAGACUAUAUACACAUUUAUUGCUACAGUAUUAUUUUACUAGUGGGCCGGAAGGAUAAAGUGGAAGUGAAUAGAUUUAACCAUUAGAGUUUGCCCCACUUGGACAACGUUGGGAAACUGUGAGGUGUGCAUUGCUGUUGUGAAAGUGGAUAUGGACAACUAUGUGCCUCAUAGGACAAUGAGACCCAGUUUAUUUACAUUGAGUUGAUUAAAAACUGUUGGAUUAAAACAGCCAAGAUACAUUGCAGAUGGAUCUCUAAUCUGGAGGUUUUUUUUCUGAAUUAGAUCAUUCUAAGUCAAAGUGCCUCAACUUGUGCAAUAAGUCAACACUUGUCAUGUGCACACUGCUUAACCUGGUGGUCUGUCUCUGAUUGCCUCUUCCAAACAGGAUUAGUGCAGAGUUUAAAAGGAUUAUCCUGAUGCAGGCUAGUGUCAUUUUAAAGUCAAUAUACGGUUCAAGAAUAAGUCCUUCUUUAUUUGUUGUUUGCUGUGAUUGCUCUGAGAUUUUUUUUUUUUUAAAUCAAGAAUCUAAUAUGUAAGCAAUCUUUUCAGAUUUUUAGAGUUAUGCGUUUUCAUUACCAGAUUUCAGAACAGAUUCAGCUGCAGAUUAUUUUUUCUUUACUAAUUCAUCAACUAAUAAUUUCUCCAUGAGUUAAAAAUUGAUAGAAAUGUCUAAAGAAACGCCUGGUAGGACUUCCUAAAACCCAAAUAACUAGUAUUUCUAAUCAAUAGUCAAACAUUACGAGUUCACUGUUGCAUUCGGGCCAUGUCCUGUGUCAUGUUUGGCUUCUGUUGCUUCCUGUCCUGAGUAUUUGUCAAACUAUUUGAACACACCAAUUGAAUUAAUGUUUUUUUCUGAAAGUACAAAAAAAGCAUUCAAAUCUAACGAUUGUUCUGACUCUAAAUUUAAGACAUGAUCUUGCAGCCUUAAACCAGUGUCAGAUGAAUAGGAAAUGUUAUUAAUACAUUUAACUUAACAUUUAUCCUUAAAACCUACAAGAUCAUUUAAGCCAAAGAUUUUCUCAAGAUGUGAUACAGGAUUUAAGACAGACCCAUAACUUUUAGUCUACUUUCUAUCUUAGCAAUAAUGAAGUGAAUCUUUGUAUCUCUCAUUAGUCUCUCUGUUCUUCACCUUUUUGUUCAUUUGACUAUGCCUCUGAUCAUUAGUAGGGCUUAUUAAUUCCAGACUGUGGUGAUAGGUUUCUUGUCAUGAUGCAGGGGGCUUACCAUUCAGUCCAUUCUAUGCAAGGCAGUGUAUUCCAUUUCUUUUUUUAUCUAAUUUUAUCAUACUUUUUGUGAAGUCCUAGCAAAAGAAUAAAAAUCGCCUUGUUGGGGCGCCGAUAGCCUAGAGGUUGUGAUGCAGGUCCCAUGUGUGGAGGCGGUGGUCCUCAGGGCAGUGGCCGUGGGUUUAAUAAAGUGUUUUUAAACUAAAUACAGUUUACAACACAUCACAAUACUCCAGUGUUAGAGUAUUUACUGACACACCCAGUAGUAGGUUUGUAAUAAAACACAAUCUCCUGGAAGGCCCUGGCACACACACGUCACAGCUCCCUGCAUCAGAUGACUUUUAGCUUGUGCCUUCUGAACUGAGACUAAAUGAGCCUUCUGCUACAUGGAUGACUUUGCACUGUGACUUCACCUUAAUGAGAUGGAUGCUUUCAGAUCAGCUUAAACUAUACUGAACCCUUCCAUGUUUUAAAUCUUACCUCUGGGACAGCCAGUGGAUGGUGGGUUUGUGGUGUUUUUUUUAUCAGAAGAAGAGAUUUUCUUUCUGAUAUUUUAUUUACUAUCAUGUUUGAUUUUAGAAAAAUGUGUGGGUCAGAGCUUUUUCUUUUGUUGCUAUUAUAUUAUGUAUACUUAAACAUUGUUGAAACCUACUUUGUAACCAAACAGAGAACUAAUAUUGUGAAAGAUUUAGUAAUUACCAAAUACAAGAAACCAGCUUUAGACAUUGACAGGAUUCAGUGGUUGAACGUUUUAGUUUGCAAAUGAGUGCUGAUUCUUACAAGCUGCGCAUAAAAGUUCUGAGGCCCAAAACUCCUAAAAGUGGUUUCUUAUUCUAGAGAUAAACACACCAAGUCCUCACAAACCCAUUCUAAUUUUAUUAAAGGGAAAGGUGUACAGUGUGUAUUUAUAUUGAAGUAUAUUUAUGUUCCUAUCAAUGUCAAUUCAGUCAAUACCCUUGAGUGUGUAAAUGAGUUUGUGUGAGUAUGUGAGCACACAUUAUUGGUGUGCAGCAUUGUUUUCACUGAAUGGUACUUUGAUCACUAUAAAUAAAGUAUUUUAUUGUA